AUGCAACGGUACAGGUUGCUACAGCUAGUAAAGUCAAGUGCGCACCAUUUGAAUAUUAAUACCUCAGAUAUCAAAAUCUUGAAUGAACCAAAACCACAGCCAGUGCCAGAAUCUCAACAAAAACCAUCUCAAUUGGCUUUUCAUUUGAAGAAAAUUAACCUGUACCUUGCAGAUGUGAGAAUUUUCAAUAGAUUAACAGACUCAAUAAAGUACAUGCCUUGGUUAAUUGAUGAGUAUCAUGCAUGGAAAAACCCAGGUUCAAGUAAAGUCCCUAAACUAAAUAGUUUCAUAAACUUUAUUCAAGCACUCAACUGCAUAGUUUUGGAACUUUUCGAAAACGUGGGGUGGCUAACCGACCAUGAUUGGAUAGGUACGGGAGACAAUCCAUAUUGGUGCACUGAAACUUAUAUUUGGUGCUGUUGGGUAUGGGGCGCAUACCUAGUAAUUGAAAUUGCUGAAUUACUUAGAAGAACUCCAAUAAGUAAGUGGAAAAACAGUAGAUGGCAGAUUACAUUAUUCAAAAACGCUAUUCAAUUACCUUUGGUCUUGCAUUGGUCUCUUAGAAAUGGAUGCUUAACGCCAUUCUGGGUGGGAGUAUGUGGAUGCGGGGCAUCAUGGUGGAAUUUUAGAGAUAUGUGGAAAUCAAUAGAUUUAUCUUAG